GGAUUUGGACCUUUUUGAGGUUGUGAGAUGGGGGAGAGAAACAAAAACGGAAAACGACCUGCCGUUUCUGAGAGGUCUCCUGGGUUUUGCUUGAGGAUUCAGAGCCGUGAGGAUCUCAAAGAUGGGAAGAAGGAGAUUCCGCCUGCAGCUGUGAGGAAGUAUGGAGAUCAAAUAGCAGACCAUAUAUUCCUCAAGGUUCCCAAUUGUGGAACCCAUUGGAAAAUAGAAUUGAGAACAUCACCUCGUCGUGACCGGAUGUGGUUAGAGAAGGGAUGGGAAGAGCUUGCUAGCUUUUACUUACUGGACCAAGGUGACUCGGCAACCUUCACUGCUGAAGGCGAAGAUGCUCAUUUCAGAAUACGCAUCUUUAGUUGGGAUGAUAUGGAAAUAUAUUACCCUAUUCGUGGAGGAGGAGCUGAUCUCAGCAGACCCAAGAGGAAAGAAACGAGAGCUGAAGUUGAAGCUGAAGCUGGAGCCAUAUCAGUUUCCGCUGGAUCCUCUGCUGAUGAACACCAAAACGAUAUUUCCAAAGUGAGCAGUUUCAGAUCUGACAGGCCAUGUCUUAAUGUCCCAAUCACCGCCACAUCCUUAACCACCCGUGUGUUCAUAAAUUCAGCUUUUGCCUUGGAACAUUUCUGUAAAGAUGGCUCUUGUUGCGACCUGACCUUACAGAACACUCUAGGUGACACUACUUGGACAGUUCAGUGCAUUUCUUACGCAAUAAGUGAUGGAAGAAUGCGAACGGUAUUAUCUGGAGCUGGUUGGAAAUCCUUUAGGCAGGACAAUCUUCUAGAAGAGGGUGACGUCUUAGUGUUAGAGGUGAUAGAGGAACGUAGGUGCCGAGUUUCAAUAAUCCGAGUUCAAAAGUGAAGAUUCUUUAGCAUGUGAAAUGCUCAUAAUUCCACAACAUGCUCUUUUGAAGUCAGAUUUAAGAAACAGAUGAGUUAUCUUCUGAAAGAAAGACUAGCAAGCCGGAGUUCAGAGGAAGUAUUGCUGUUUGUGUAAAUUUGAGUUCUGGGAAGCAUUAGAAGAACGAAAGACAUUGUAAAGUAGACUUCGUUUGGCUUUAAGAUAUGAACAUCAGUGCAUCAAUCUU